AUAUGUAUUGCCACUGCGCCGGACUUCUACAUUAAAGUUCAAAGUACAGAAGAGAACUGGAGCAGGACACUACCUUGUUUCGUUGAACUAUCCAAGCAACUUAUUCCAGCUUCUCUUGCCGUUGAACUGCUGGAAACAAACUCAUCCCAGGCCAGUUUCUGCUGCAUUAUUUUGUUUGUUUGUGGUACAGAACUGGACAUAACCACUGUUGCACUCCAGGAACAGUCUACUAUAGUCAGAUAGUAGACCAAGAGAGAGGAUGGCGUACACGUUUUUGUUGGCUUGCUUUAUUUUAACAUCCUUAUCAACACAGCUGGCAGAAUCAUCCGGCGUGUUUGAGCUGAAAGUACACUCUUUCUCCACCACUCGUAGUGUAUGCAAACAACCGGGAGAGUGUCAGAUUUUUUUCCGAGUGUGCUUGAAACACUCUCAAGAUGUGAUUUCUCCUGAACCCCCGUGUACCUACGGCACUGGUGUCACGGACGUUUUUCGCGCUGACGAAGAUUCUAUCUCUAGCAGCUCGCCGGUUAAAGUGCCUUUCCACUUUAAAUGGCCGGGAACGUUUUCGCUCAUCUUGGAGGCUUGGAACGCAGAGUCCUCCGCUGACCACUCAUUGGAAAACCAGAAUAAUCUGAUCAGUCAAUUGGUCACAAGAGGAAGACUGACAGUCAGUGAAGAAUGGUCAAAGGAUGUGCAUCUCGGAGAGCAAAGUGAAUUGCGUUUCUCCUACCACGUUGUUUGCGAUGCGAACUACCAUGGAGAGAGUUGUUCCGAGUUCUGCCGGCCCCGCAACGAUGCCUUCGGACAUUAUACAUGCGAUACAACUGGCAAACGAGUCUGCCUGACUGGCUGGGAAGGAGAAUACUGUUCAAAACCCAUCUGUUCGUCUGGCUGUAGCGAGAGCCAUGGGUAUUGUGACCAGCCUGGAGAGUGUAAAUGCCGACUGGGCUGGGAGGGCCCCUCCUGUGAUGAGUGCAUUCGCUACCCAAACUGUGUGCACGGCACCUGCGGCCAGCCAUGGCAAUGCAACUGCAAGGAGGGCUGGGGAGGACUGUUCUGUGACCAGGACCUCAACUUCUGCACCAACCAUAAACCCUGCAUGAACGGAGCGACCUGCACCAACACAGGCCAGGGCAGCUACACAUGCACAUGCCAGAAAGGCUUCACUGGUGAACGGUGUGAGAUAGAGAUCAACGAGUGUGACAGCAACCCAUGCAAGAACGGAGGCAGCUGCAAUGACAUGGUGAAUGACUACUCGUGCAGCUGCCCACAAGGUUUCUAUGGGAAGAACUGUGAGGUGAGCGCUAUGAAGUGUGCUGAUGGCCCAUGCUUCAACGGGGGGACCUGCAGUGAGAAGAGCAGUGGAGGCUACAGCUGUGCCUGCCCUGUGGGCUACACUGGAUCCAACUGUGAGAAGAAAGUGGACCGCUGCAGCAGUGAGCCUUGUGCUAAUGGUGGUCAAUGCCUAGACCUAGGACACAGCAUGAAAUGUAGAUGCCGUCCCGGCUUUAGAGGUGCCCACUGUGAGAUAAACAUUGACGAAUGUGCCAGGAACCCAUGCCGCCAUGCUGGCACCUGUGUUGAUGGCAUUAAUGACUACACAUGCACAUGCCCACUUGGAUACACCGGCAAGAACUGCCAUAUCCGCGCUGAUGUUUGCUCCCAGAACCCCUGCCAGAAUAGUGGCACAUGCUACACCCACUUCAGUGGACCCGUUUGUCAGUGCCCAUACAACUUCAUGGGGCCCCGCUGUGAGUUUCCAAAGCCCACUAAGGAGCCUCCCGUUAAGACGGGAGGAGCCCUCCCAGCUGCCCUGGCCCUGUCCUUCACCCUGGGCUUGAUCACACUCACACUGGUGGCGUGUGCAGCCAUUAUGGUACUGCGUCAGAUGAGGGGAAACCGCAAAGCCAUGGCCUCAUCAGUGCGCAAUGACCUGGAUGCAGCCAACAACCGCACUUCCCUGAUCCCCGGCGGCGGUUCCACUGGCUGCUGGGAGAAGGAAGCCCUUCUGAUCCCCGGCAGCCAGAUGAAGGUGUCCAACAAGAAUGCAGCCCUCAGCGCCACUGCUCUGGAGGCGCCGCAGGACAGAGCUCAUUACAAGAACAUGUUUGCAGACAGCAACCUGACCAAGGACAACGAACUCAGCAAGAACAAGUUGGACAUAAAUAAAUCUGAGACGAGCAUAUUUGUCCCUUCAGUGAGCUUUCCUAAAGAAAGUCUUUACCAUCCCAUCUACAUCAUUUCUCAAAUGGAGCAGUGCAUUUUAGCAACUGAGGUUUAAGAGUGUUCAUCAUUCUGAAGCUCCUCAUCUACCCACGGGACCAACUGACAUAUGUUUACACUUUAAAAGAACAAUUACAGGACCAUAUGAGAGUAUAUUAUUUCUAUAUAUAAUAUUUAAUAUUUAUUUAUGCUGCUCAUUUAUGGUUCAUUGCCAAUCUGGACAAACUUCCUUUGGUGACAAAUCAAGAUGACUGCGAAGGACUUAAGCAUCGUUUGCACUAUGAUUUAAGAGUUUUAUUUUUAGAGCUUUAAUAUACUGCCUUUGAUGGAAUGACACAUUUGAAUGGAAACCCCAAAGAGAAUUAAGGAUCUAUCCAUCACAAUCAAGACUGGAACUUUAAUUUUUCUCCAAUUGCUUCAAAUCCCAACCAUUCCUACUCAGAGACGAGGGCAAACAUGUGAUCCAAGCCUUGACUAGCAGCCAUGCAGUCACCGAUGGGACUAUGGGCUACACACAGGAUGUGUAUCUUUUGUGACGAUGCAUGGAAUAAUCACUCAACCAGUAUUGACGACGGACAAACCUCGGAACAAGGGAUCGGAUCAACCAUUGCGGUGACUUCUAGAAUGGGUUUUUCUAAUGCUUAAGUGCAUGAUCUUUCUUUAAUGGCCCCCUGAAAAGGUACUCCUCCUCAUUGAAAAUACUUUCAUAUGGAUAUCUUAAUUCUUAAGUUUGAUUGCAGUUUUUUCUCAAAUGUAAAACAAUUAAUUAUUAAGAAAGCCUCUUUGCACAGACAUUUUUGGUGGAUGCUGUUCUUUUGAAAGUUUAUCCUGAUGUUUCCCACCGGUUCAUCACAUGAACAAGCAAAAGCAUUUCAUUGCAACAAAAGGGCUCACCUAGAAGAUAUAUUAGUUUUUAGCCUACGGCCUGAGCUUUAAAGCAAAAUUGAUGCUCGUAUUACUUUUUUAUGUGCUUUGGAAGCUGACACUGCAAUAUGUACAUUUUCAUGAAAUAUGUUUUGCUCUAUUUAAUUGUGUAAAUAAUUUUUAUUUAUGAGGAGAAUUGUAUAGAUGUCUAUGAUAACCAUAUAUAACAAAGAAAUCUAUCUAUAUAUCUAUAAAUCUAUCUACAGUAUCUAUAUAUAUUUUCAUAAAUAAACACUAAACUCUCAGAA